CAGCCCGGAUGGAGUUUGGGGGGAGGGAGACUCAGAGAUCUUUGUGGCAAAUUCCCGGGACUCCAGAGACUCUCAACCUGGCCCCCUCCUCUUAGUCCACCAUAAAACAUCACCCCGCCCGGCCAGCUCAGUCUUUCCAGCCCCCAUUCCACGUGGACCCGCCAGGGCGGGGUGGGGAGAGAGGACAGGAAGGGGGGGAGUCAUCUCUGAGAGGAGGGGGAAGGAGGUUGGCGGCUGGCGUCCGCUCUCACUGCUGGAAUCCUUGGUCUGGGCACCAUGUUCCUUGUGGGGGCUCCCAGCCACACCCUCCACCGGCUCCGCGUACUGCCGUUGCUGCUACUGCUUCUACAGACCUUGGAGAGGGGGUUGGGUCGUGCCAGCCCGGCCGGAGCCCCCUUGGAAGAUGUGGUCAUCGAGAGAUACCACAUCCCCCGGGCCUGCCCCCGAGAAGUGCAGAUGGGGGACUUUGUGCGUUACCACUACAAUGGCACUUUUGAAGACGGGAAAAAGUUUGACUCCAGCUAUGACCGUAGCACCCUGGUAGCCAUCGUUGUGGGCGUAGGCCGCCUCAUCACUGGCAUGGACCGAGGUCUCAUGGGCAUGUGUGUCAACGAGCGCCGCCGCCUCAUUGUGCCUCCCCACCUGGGCUACGGCAGCAUCGGUGUGGCGGGCCUCAUCCCCCCUGAUGCCACCCUCUAUUUUGACGUGGUCCUGCUGGACGUGUGGAACAAGGCAGACACAGUGCAGAUGACCAUCCUCCUACGCCCUCCCCACUGCCCCCGAAUGGUGCAGAACAGUGACUUCGUGCGCUAUCACUACAACGGCACUCUGCUGGACGGCACAGCCUUUGACAGCAGCUACAGUAGGGGAGGCACUUACGACACCUACAUCGGCUCUGGUUGGCUGAUCAAAGGCAUGGACCAGGGGCUGCUGGGCAUGUGCCCUGGAGAGAAAAGGAAGAUCAUCAUUCCUCCCUUCCUGGCUUAUGGGGAAAAAGGCUAUGGGACUGUGAUACCCCCGCAGGCCUCCCUGGUCUUCUAUGUCCUGCUGCUGGAUGUCCACAACCCGAAGGACACGGUCCAGCUGGAGACGCUGGAGCUGCCCCAAGGCUGUGUCCGGCGAGCUGUGGCAGGGGAUUUCAUGCGGUACCACUACAAUGGUUCUUUGAUGGAUGGUACCCUCUUUGAUUCCAGCUACUCCCGCAACCACACCUACAAUACCUAUGUCGGGCAGGGUUACAUCAUCCCUGGGAUGGACCAGGGGCUGCAAGGCGCAUGCAUAGGGGAGCGAAGGAGGAUUACUGUGCCCCCACACCUUGCCUACGGGGAGAAUGGGACAGGAGACAAGAUCCCUGGCUCAGCAGUGCUCAUCUUCGAUGUGCACGUCAUCGACUUCCACAACCCCGCGGACCCUGUGGAAAUCACGACGCUGUCCCGGCCUCCUGAGAGCUGCAAUGAGACGUCCAAGAUCGGGGACUUCAUUCGCUACCACUACAACUGUUCCCUGCUGGACGGCACUAGGCUCUUCUCAUCCCACGACUAUGAGGCCCCUCAAGAGAUCACCCUCGGAGCCAACAAAGUGAUCGAAGGUCUAGACAGGGGCCUGCAGGGCAUGUGUGUAGGAGAGAGGAGGCAGCUCAUCGUGCCCCCACACCUGGCCCACGGGGAGAGCGGAGCCCGGGGUGUCCCUGGCAGUGCUGUGCUUCUAUUUGAGGUGGAGCUGGUAUCCCGAGAGGAUGGCCUGCCCACAGGCUACCUGUUUGUGUGGUACCAGGAUCCCCCGGCUAGCCUUUUUGAAGAUAUGGAUCUCAAUAAAGAUGGAGAGGUGCCCCCGGAAGAGUUCUCCUCCUUCAUCAAGGCUCAAGUGAGCGAAGGCAAAGGCCGCCUCAUGCCUGGGCAAGACCCAGACAAAACCAUCAGCGACAUGUUUCAGAACCAGGACCGGAACCAGGACGGCAAGAUCACAGCUGAGGAACUCAAGCUGAAGUCAGAUGAGGACCAGGAGCGGGUCCACGAGGAGCUCUGAGGGCCAGAGUCUCAGGUCCGACCUCAGACACAGAGGCCCUCGGCUGGGUGGCGCAGUGGCCCCGGGACCGGCCUGCUAAGAUCCCCUACUCCCUCAGGGGAAUAACUGGGAGUCACUGGAUGUCAGUGGAGACUGCUGUGAUCUUCCCACACGUGGGCCAUGGCUUCCAGUCCUCAGCACAGACAUCUGUGUUUUUCUCUUACAACCUUAACCUCUUCCUUAAGGUCCUUGUGAUAGAUCCGGGGGCACUGGGGUUUGGUUAGGGCCAUUGCUAACCCCACACACCUGUCCUCCUGCCCACGUCACUAGGCCCCGCAAGGGUGAGCUCCUCUGCCCUUCACAUUCCCGAAUGUAUCCUUUAUUUGUACUGUCCUGUCCCAUCUCCCCAUCCCUGCCUGUCCUCAUUCCCUCUGUCAUGGCAGCUCUGCAGGGGCAUGAACCUGAGUGAGGAGAGCCUGUAUUCUCCUGCCUCGGCUCUGCCUGCUCCUCAGGAAGAGGUGGCUCCAGGAACAUAAUCCUGCUGCCCCAACCUUCUCACGUGUCUCCUCCCAAGCCACCGGGGACAGGUCUUUCAUUUUAAAACGUUUUCUCUAAAAUGGAAGGUUGUGUAAGAGGAAAGCCUGCUCAGGCUCAAGGGCUUCGAAAACCCGCACUCGGUGCUAAUCUGAUGGGAGGGAGGUGGGCAGAAUCUCGGGCUCAGGCUGAACUCAUCCAGUCCUUUCUCCUUUGUGUCAGUAAAAGGUUGAACUGAA